GUCCUGGGCAUCCAUGGUUGAUCAAAGCUUACAUUGAGGCUGCUCCGUACCCUCACGCCUCCGUGCUGGGUCAGGAGAUCUUCCAGACAGGGGUGAUUCCAGCUGACACAGAUUUUAGGAUCUUCAGAGACUAUGGAAACAUCCCUGGUAUUGAUAUUGCACAUAUCAAGAAUGGGUAUGUUUACCAUACCAGAAAUGACUUACCCCGAUUCAUACCUCCUGGGAGUAUGCAGAGAGGAGGUGAAAAUAUUCUGGCCACCACCAUCCUUCUAGCCAGCAGCUCAAAGAUGACCAACCCAGGAGAAGAUAAGCAUGGGUCCAUGGUGUUCUUUGACUUCCUGGGCUUCUUCAUGGUGGCCUAUCCCACACGCAUGGCCACCAUUCUCAACUGGACAACUGCCUUCUACGUCUAUAUGGCCUUUGUCAAGAGGCUGUUACGAGAUGGGGUCACUGGUGUAGGAAGUGUACUGAAACCGAUGCUGAUGGCCGUGCUGGCGGUGACCUUGACCUGGUUAAUAACCCUAGCAGUUCCCAUCGCCAUGGCCUGGUUUCUGACAGCUAUAGGCCACAGCCUCAGCUACUACACCUACAACCUCAACGUCAUCUGGUUGUUCAUUCUACCGUCUGUCACCGCAGCUCUCACGUUCCAUUUCUGCCUGAAGGAAGACCAUCUUCAAAAACAUAGACUCGUCCCUGAUGGUGGUGUUGCUGCGGGAGUCGAACCUCAUGUUGUGGUCGGUGGUGCUGGUGCU